CCGGCGGGACCCCUCCCGCAGCCCCGGGCCCACGCCACGGGGGAGCCCAGGGCAGCACCUGGCCCGCUGCAAGACCCCGCAGGUGUUGGGGGGGGGUGCACCCCCAGGGCGUCACUUCCUGCCCCAGCCGGGCACGGGGCUGGUGCCCGCCCUUGCCCCCAUGCCCCGGCUGCCCCGUCGUGGGGGGGGGCACCUGGAGGCAGGGGGACUCGCUACGCCCCGCUUGUGUGUGCAGCUCCGGGAGGCGUUCGAGGACGUGGCGCUGCGCUUCACCCGCACGGAGUGGGAGCUGCUGGGAGACGGAGACAAGGGGCUUUACCGGGACCAGAUGCUGAGGAAUUACCGCGCCCUCGUUUCCCUGGGGUAUGGAGGUCCCGCGCCAGACUUAAUCAGCCGCAUUGAGCGAGGGGAGGUGGAGCUCUGGGUCUGUGAUGAUGAGGACCCUGCGUGGACUGAGGGCCUGCCCCCAGCAGGUACCGGGAAACAGAGCAGAGCUGAGCAGCAGCCUCCUAAGGAAGGGCCUGCAAACCUGGAGCUGCCUCCAGCCAGAAGCCAGCCCCUCAUGCAGUGCGGAGAGAGAACAGUCAAAUCCCAACAGAGUCCUGUGUUCAGGGAAGGAUCCAAGGCACAGGGAAAUGUGAGCCAGCAGGACAGCAUGCACAGAGGGGAGCCAAUGUAUCAAGGUGGCGAGAGCUUCACAGUGCACGGAGGGACCAACGGGAUUGAGACAGCCCAUCCCAGCGCUGAGGGCAGAAAGAGCUUCUGGUAUGAACACAGCCUCAUUGAGCACCAGAGAAUACACUUGGGGGAGCGCCCCCACCUCUGCCCUGAGUGUGGAAAGAGCUUCACCCGCCUGAACGGCCUCCAUGUCCACCAGCGCCUGCACACUGGGGAGCAGCUAUACCAGUGCCCUGAGUGUGGGAAGCGCUUCACCCGCUCAGACCACCUCCGAGUCCACCAGCGGGUCCACACUGGGGAGAAGCCAUAUCAAUGUAUCAUAUGCAGGAAGGCCUUCAGGCACAGUUCCACUCUCUCCCAUCACCAACAUGUCCACACUGGGGAAAAGCCGCAUCAGUGUGCCAGGUGCGGGAAGUGCUUUGCCCGCCUGGACCUCCUCCAAGACCACCAGCGCCUCCACACUGGGGAGAAGCCGUACCAGUGCUCUGCCUGUGGGAAGAGCUUCAGGCACAACUCUUCUCUCUCCCAGCACCAGCAUGUCCAUACUGGGGAGAAACCAUACCGCUGUGUUGAGUGUGGGAAGGGAUUUGUCCAUGCGUCCAAGCUUCGAGUGCACCAACUUGUCCACACCGGAGAGAAACCACACCACUGUGGCCAGUGUGGGAAGAGCUUUGCCUUCCCAUCCAAGCUCCGCGACCACCAGCUCGUCCACACUGGAGAGAAACCUUACCACUGUGUCCAGUGUGGAAAGAGCUUUGCCUUCCCGUCCAAGCUCCGUGAUCACCAGCGCGUGCACACCAGGGAGAGGCCUUCCCGCUGCGCCCUGUGCAGGAAGAGUUUUGCUGGGCAACAUCAUCUCCAUGCCCACUGGUGUGACCCCUCUGGGGACAAGUCAUCCCUGUGCACCAGUGGGAAGAACUUGCCAUGCGCAACCCAGCUCCAAGCCCACCAGUGCCUCCAUGCCAAGGGGAUGCCAUGCCCCUGUGCUGAUGGUGGGAGGACCUUUCCCCACCCAUCCGUGCUCCGUGUCCACCAGCACACGGGGAGAAAACUGCACCACUGCCCAGAAUGUGGGAAGAGCUUUAAUUACCCAUCCAAGCUCCGUGUUCAUCUUCGUGUCCACACUGGUGAAAAGCCACACCACUGCACUGACUGUGGGAAGAGUUUCAGGCAGAGCUCUAUUCUCACCAGGCACCAGCAAACCCACAGACCAGCCCCUCGCCAUCACCGCCACCGGGCCCUGUGCGUUAGUGGUGGGAGAGCGAGAGCUGGGAAGAGGUCUCCCUUGGCAGAGACUAUGGCUGUUGAGCUGGCACCAGCCUCAGCGACCCCACAGCUGCCAGAGCUGGCAAUAGGGAAUAACCUCCCCACCCCAGAAAUGUGGCGCCAGCUUUUCCGGGGCUUCCGCUACCGGGAGGGCGAGGGGCCGCGGGGGGUGUGCAGCCGCCUGCGGGAGCUGUGCCAGCGCUGGCUGGAGCCCCAGCACCGCAGCAAGGAGCAGAUGCUGGAGCUGGUGGUGCUGGAGCAGUUCCUGGCCAUCCUGCCCCGGGAGAUGCGGAGCUGGGAGUGGGGGCGCGGCGUGGAGACCUGCGCCGAGGCCGUGACCCUGGCCGAGGGGUUUCAGCCGGGGCAGGAGGAGGACGAGAAGGUCCAGGUCACAGUGCAGGUGAAGAUCGAGGAGGUGUCCUCAGACAAGAGGGUGUCCGCUGGGGCAGUGUGGGCACCUGUUGAUUCUUGGCUGGAGCAUCCCCAGCCCCAUCAUGUGGACGUGCUUCAGGAGGAGGCAGGACAGGGUGCAACCCCUCAGCCCCUGGAUGAGCUGCUUCAUGUCCCCAAAGAAGAGCACAUACCCCAGCAAGACUCAGAUUCCCCUUACACAGAGGAGACUUGGGACCUGUCGGCACAUGAAAACUCCCUGGGCUCGUUCCCUGCACAAGCGUCUUCCCUAGGGGCAGAUGCAGGGAUCCCGAGCGAGGCUGAGAAGCAGCUUCCCGAGGCAGAUCCUGCCAACCUGGAGAUGCAGAGGAUUCCCCCAGGGAGACCGGGGGAGAGAGGAUCCCUGACAUCUGAGCCAGGCCUACUACAGAAGGUGCAAGGCCAGCCUCCAAAGUUGAGGGAGAGCAUGGAGCUCCGGGAGGCCUUCGAGGCUGUGGCUGUGUACUUCACGCGGAAGGAGUGGGAGCUGCUGGGAGAUGAAGACAAGGUGCUUUACCGGGACCAGAUGCUGAGGAAUUUCCAUGCCCUCGUUUCCCUGGGCUAUCGAGGUCCCACACCAGACUUAAUCUGCCACAUCCGGCGAGGGGAGGUGGAGCUGUGGGUCUGCGAAGAGGAGAAACUUGGAGAAAACCCCUGGUCUGGCAGCUUGUGUCAAACAGAUGCUGAGACAUUAGCCAGAGCUGAGCCGUGGCUUCCUAACAAAACGUCUGCAAACCCAAAGCCCUUUCCAGCCAGAAACCAGCUACCCACUCAGCCAAGACAGACCAGCGAAGAGAGCCAAAGGAGCCCUGUAUGCAAGGACAGAUUCAAAAAGCAGAGCGACCUGAGGAGCUGCAAGGGCAGGGCUCACAGGUGGGAAGGGUGUUAUAUAUGCCGAGAGUGUGGGGAGAGCUUUGGGGACAAAGAGGAGCUCAGGGCACACGGGCGAACCCACAGGAGGGAGAAGACCUACCCGUGCGCUGAGUGCGGGAAGAGCUUCCAGCACAGGUACAGUCUCCGCAGGCACCAGAGACUGCACUCGGGGGAGCGCCCCCACCUCUGCCCCAAGUGCGGGGAGAGUUUUGUCUCCCUGAGCGAUGUCCGACGUCACCAGCGUGUGCACCGGGGGGAGAAGCCCUACUGCUGCGCCCAGUGCAGGAAGAGCUUCACCCGGUGGGAUCGGCUCCAGGGUCACGGGCGCGUGCACACGGGGGAGAAGCCGUUUUCCUGCUCCCAUUGUGGAAAGCGCUUCACCGAGAGCUCAACGCUCACGCAGCACCUCCGCGUGCACACAGGGGAGAGGCCGUUUUCCUGCACCCAGUGUGGGAAGAGCUUCACUCACAGCUCCACGCUCAAGCGGCACCGGCGCCUGCACACGGGGGAGAAACUGUUCUUUUGCACCCAGUGCGGGAAGAGCUUCACCGACAGCUCAAAACUCACAAGCCACCUCCGCGUGCACACGGGGGAGAAGCCCUUCUCCUGCUCCCAGUGUGGGAAGAGCUUCACCACGGGCUCAACGCUGACACAGCACCAGCGCGUGCACACGGGGGAGAAGCCCUUCUCCUGCCCCCAGUGUGGGAAGAGCUUCGCCCACAACUCCACCCUCACAAAGCACCUGCGCGUGCACACGGGGGAGAAACCGUACGGCUGCGUGGAGUGUGGGAAGUGUUUCCGGCAGAGCGCCGCCCUGACCAAGCACCUGAGAACUCACAGGGACCGGAUCCUGCUGCUCGGACAAUGGGAACCCAGCCGCAGGGACCACCCCGCUUCCUAAUCCUGACCUGAACUGGAUGCGCCUCUUCACUGACCCCCCAUGGAGCCUCUAUUUCAGGUUGCUGUGACCCCAGCCUGGAGGCCUGUGCUGCUUCUCCAUCACAGACUCUGGUGGGCCUCUUAUCCAGGCCCCCCAGCCUUUCCCCAGUCUAUGCAGCGCUUCUGCAAUCCAGGCGUCGCUGCAGGUUUUUGCCAAGAUGAGCGCGGUGGCUCCUGUGUCUUUGAGAACAAGGUCCUGGGCCACAGCAGCACCAGCUGCUUCCAGAGUCCCACCCCAGCGAGCUCCAGUUGGCUCUGCUCCUUCAUACGGGAAGGAUUGCCACCCGCAGGCAAGUGUGGCAAGGCAGGUCACGUCCCCAGUGCCAGCCACCAUAUAGUGGUCAGCUGGAACGGUGCCGGCAGAGCCCAUGCCAGCAGCAGGCUCAGGUCUCUUUGGGGUCCAGACUACCCCUGUCCUCCAGAUCCCAGUUGUGUCCGUCCCUCCCCAAGCCGUUUUCCCCUGGAUCCCUGCUCCUGGAUGCACCAUCCAUAGAGACAGCCCUCAACUACCAUAGUUCCUGUUGUAUCCCCCAAGGAUCCUUCCAGAGGAGAGCAGCCCUCGCUCCAUAACCGAAGUGCGGACAGCCAGGACUGCUAAAGCACCUUGCAGGCUCCCUCCCCGCUUGGUUAAAGUUGACCCGUUCCUUCCCAGGGUAGAACAGCAUACAAACACAGCGGGGAAACCGAGGCAUGCCCCAUGAUGAGAGAAGUGGUAGAGUCGGGCGUAUACUGCGAGGUGCAUGGCGUGUGCAGGGCCAGGAGGGUGGUGCUGAGCUGCUGCCUGGUGGGGACGUCCCCCUGUAAGAGGGGAGCUGAUGCACGGUGAGGACAGGGAAGCGAUGGGGAAGGCCAGGGUCACCCACAUCAGGGAGUGCCCCGGCUGCUGCUUCGCCCCCACCACUAGUGCUGCAGACAAAUGCGAGAGAUCGGAAAUCUGCCCCAUGGCCUCCCUGCCCUUCACCCUCCCAUGGCACAGCACAGGGGGGCCCGGGCCAGGCACUACUACUACCACUAACUGAACAGAGAGGAGGGCAGAGCCUGUUGCCAUUGCUACAUCCCACCAUUUUUUAACCUUUCCUUGAUUUCUCCCAACCACAUCAAGCCCUGUUCACCGGACUGCUUCCAGGCCAGCUUUCCAUCCAGGCCAUGGCAUGGCCCAGCCUGCUCAUGCCUGGUACCUGCCCACAGUCGGGGCACCAUGCUCACCUGGUCUCACCCGCCAUGAAAAGGAGCAGAAGCUGUGCAGGAGAAGGGACCUGCGAGUGUCAGGUCUCAAGGAAUAUCAGAAAUGGUUACACCACCUGGGUUUUUAAGGUGACUCCGGAUCUCCCAGUGGGGCUAUGGGAAAUGCUGAGAGCCAAUUGGCAAUCCUGGCUAGAAAGCCUGAAGCACGUUACUCUCCACGUACUUCUUAAGUGACUAAAUCUGACUUUUCACUCUGAAAAUCUACCAAUUUUACAAUUAACUCACCUUGAGUGCUUUUUAAUAACCCAAGUGGCAUCAGGGCAGUGUCUUUCAUUGCCCCCCUCCUUUACCUGUAGCAGAUUUGGGUGUUUUUUGGCCAAUGUGUCUUGUAUUUGUGUUACAGGGUUGGUCAUAUAGUUUUCGAAACAGGUUAGUCGGGGACUUGUAUGGGAUGGUUUGGAUAGGGCUGACUGUCUCAAACAGGGAGUUUAAUUACAUGACCCAUGGAGGUCCAUUUCAGCCCUACUUUCCUUUUGCUUUUCCAUGGGUUGGUAUUGAACAUGGUGUCUGUGUGGCCGGGGGAGGCACUUACUGAGUUUUGGUGAGUUGUUGCAGGCUGGGUCGGCAGUCCCCUCCCCUCCGCCCCCCCACACCAGCUCACCAAAACUCCCUAAGUGGCCCUCUGGCCCAAAAACUUGCCCACCCUGAUCUAAGAGCAGAGGUGAGUGGACAGAAGUUAGAGGGAACUGAACCUUUGUUCCCCCCUUCUCCACGUACCUUCUCCCCUGUCCUGAGUCCGCGUCAUGCGGCCAAGCUGAUGACACUGUGUUCCCGUGUGCCACUUCGGGCCAUGUGGGUGCAGCUGGUGUGGCUCCUGCCUGACCCAGCCACGUGCCGGGGACUCGGGGGCGGCUAGAAGCCGUGCCAGGGUUGGGCAGGAGCUGCUCCAGGGAUGGCAGGAGCUGUGCCAGCUGCUCCAGCUGUGCCCAUGUAGCACAACCCAAAGUGGUGUGUGGGAACACAGUGUCGCAUCACAUUAGGUGUGCCCAGGCCCUGGCCCAGCAGAGCCCUCUUCCCCCUGCUCGCCCUCCCCACCAGCAGGGAGAACCUUACUUGAGCUUCAACUCAUUAGGGGCUGGGCCCUGGUCUGUGAACGACCGCAGGGUCAGAGCCGCACACUGGGCAGAAGCCCAGCUCAGUGCCCCCUGCCUCAGAGCGUGCACCGGGCACUGGGGAGGGAUGUAGCUGCCGCUGCUGCAUGGGCACGUUCAUGGACCUUUGCUCCAAGCUCGCCCCCCUGCUUCAGCACCAAACAUCGGGCUUUGAUGCCCCACGUCCAUGGAGACAGGUCAUAAUGGUAAUCUGGAAACUGGCAAAUCCUGACAGCAUUCAGUGCUUGGCCAACCAAUUUGGUGUAGCGAACACACGGGCAACGCGUGCCAUGCACAAAGCGGGGGAGGCAAUUCUGCAGCAGCUGGGGCCUCGGAUGCUUUGGCACAGGGAUCCAGGUGUGGUGACUGCUGCCUUCAAACAGCUGGAGUUCCUGAACUGUGUGCAGGCCAUUGAUGGGACCCACAUCCCCAUUCUGUCCUGCCCUCACCGUGCCUCAGCUUACGUCAGCAGGAAAGGCUUCUUCUCCAUCAUCCUUCAGGCUGCUGUGGCCCAACAGGGCUGGUUCACCCUUAUAAAUGUUGGGUGGGCAGGAUGAGUGUUUAGAAACUCUGGGUUCCCCUGGUGCUCCCACCAUGGAGCUGGCUGACCUGUCCAUUCUCCCUGAUCAUCAGGACUCCAACCCUCCUGCUUCUUCCAUGGCUCAUGAAACCGUACGCUGGAAGACUGGACCCCUGGAAGGAGAACUUCAACUAUCGACUAAGCAUCUGCCACAUGGAGGUCAAGCAUGUCUUUGGGUGACUGAAGGCAUGCUGGAGGGCCCUAGGGGUCCACCUUGAGAUCUGGCUGCAAAAUGUUCCCACCUUUGUGGCUGCAGCUUGCAUCUGGCAUAUGAGCAAGUUAAGCGGGGAAGCUUUUCCAGACACCAGGGUGCUGGGUGCUGAUGCCUCCAGGCAGCCUCUUGAACCAAAUGCACAUGGUGGCUCUGGUGAAGGGGGACCCCCAGUCAAGCACCAUGGACAGUCCUACCAUGAGGCCACUCUUAUCAGGGAGGCCUUGGAGGAGGGUGUUGCUUUGCAGGAGGGGCAAGACAGCCAGUGGGACUAAGCAUUGAAAUGUUCACUCUCAAUAAACGCCCUUCAUUUCA